AUGAAGUUUGCAAGUGAUUCUUUGCUUUUACGCAGUGUUUCAUCCUCAGACCUUGUAUCAAAGUGGAUGGGUGAGAGUGAAAAACUUGUUUCAAAUCUUUUCCAAAUGGCUCGGGAAAGUGCUCCUUCCAUCAUAUUCGUGGACGAAAUUGAUUCUUUGCGUGGUCAGCGAGGAGAAGGAAAUGAGAGUGAAGCUUUAAGACGUAUUAAAACAGAGCUUCUUGUGCAGAUGCAGGGGGUCGGACACAAUGAUCGGAAUGUUUUUGUUUUAGCAGCAACGAAUACUCCUUAUGCUCUUGAUCAGGCUAUAUGGCGAAGGUUCGAUAAGCGCAUUUACAUUCCUCUGCCAGAUACAAAAGCACGACGACAUAUGUUCAAGGUUCAUUUGGGAGACACACCUUACAACUUGACUGAGAGGGACUUUGAAGAUCUGGCUCAAAAGACAGAACGGUUUUCCGGGUCUGAUAUAUCUGUUUGUGUCAGGGAUGUCCUCUUUGAACCAGUACGACAGACCCAAGAUGCCAUGUUCUUUGUUAAGACUUCUGAUGGUUUGUGGAUGCCUUGCGGGCCUAAGCAAUCCGGUGCUGUCCAGACAACAAUUCAGGAGCUAGCUGGAAAAGGACUUGCUGCGAAGAUAACCCUACCUCCACUAUCGAAGAUGGACUUCUACAAGAUUAUGGCUAGACAGAAGCCAACUGUGAGCAAAUCUGAUCUCGAAAUGCACGAGCGGUUCACCAAGGAAUUUGGAGAGGAUGGUUGA